GGCUUCUUUCCACCCACUGCCAAUGCCGCCCUCCUUCAGCAAAGUCUGCAGAACUUGGCUGUUGGUUUCGGUGGCCAGCAGCAGCAACAGCAGCAGCAGCACUCACCGACCUCGUUGCCUUCCAUCGUCGUCUCUUCGCCCUCCUCCAUCGCCUCCAGUGGCCACCACCACCCUUAUCACCACCACCAACAAAACCAUCAGAACUCGCCGGGGCCCAAGUCAGAGGAUGGAAACGGCAAGGGUGCCAAGAAGAGCAAGUUCAACUUUAGUGAUCUCUACGGUGGCGGCGAAAUUCCCAACAACCAGCACCAGCAUGGACCGCUCAAGCGGCACCGCAGUGGCUUCACCGCCAGCGACAUUGUCGAUAUGUACGCCUUCAAGAAGACCGUUCGGGAGAUGAGUCUCAAGCAGCAGCAGCAGCAGCAUGAGCAAAGUCUCAACGGUCAUCAUCACCCGCUGGAUUCUCAUGAGCAGCAGCAGCAGCAAAACAGUGAGGACGAAGCGGAGACAAACAACAGACAACAUUCCAACAGCAAAGCAAACGCUGAACAGGGUAGUCCUAGUUCUUCUCACAAGCGCAGUCUGACGCCGCCGUCAGUCGCUCGCAACUCCUCGUCAGCGGAAAAUCCACUCAGCAACAUCUUUAUCAGCAGUAGUCAACAGCAGCAGCAGUCAUCGAAGCUCUCAUCGCCCACCAUUCACCACUUUAGUCCUACCAUCACAGCGGCGAGCAAUAAUCACCACCACCACCCUCACCACCAAUCUCAGGGAACUACCACUAAAAGUACCGGUGGUGGGAGUAGCCUCUCCUCAGUCAGCUCUAUUCCCGCUAAUCAGCUUCGUGCACAUGUCAGUCGAGCCGACGCAGAGGAGAUUACCGAUCUGGAGGAGCUGGAGCAGUUUGCGAAGACCUUCAAGCAGCGGAGGAUUAAGUUGGGCUUCACCCAGGGCGACGUCGGCCUGGCGAUGGGCAAGCUGUACGGCAAUGACUUCAGCCAGACGACCAUCAGUCGCUUCGAGGCCCUGAACCUCAGCUUCAAGAACAUGUGCAAACUGAAGCCACUGCUCCAGCGGUGGCUCGAGGACGCCGAUGCAUCCCUCAACAGCCCGGGCGGCGUGCCCUCUCCGGCGGCGCUGGCCGCCAUGCCCGAGGCGGUCAGUGGUCGUCGGCGAAAGAAACGAACCAGCAUCGAGACGACAGUGCGCGUCUCCCUGGAGCGGGCCUUUCUCGCCAACCCGAAGCCCACCUCGGAGGACAUUUGCAUGCUCGCCGAUGCCCUCUGCAUGGAGAAGGAGGUGGUCAGGGUGUGGUUCUGCAACCGCCGUCAGAAGGAGAAACGCAUCAAUCCGCCCGGUCCUGGUGGCGGUGGCGGAGGCGGCGGUGGUGGCAGUGGCAGCUACGAUGGCUCGCCCAUCGGCUCCCCCUCCGAUAUGAUGUUUGGCAGCGGAGUUGGUGGUGGUGGUGUUCUGAAUGCCUCUAACCCCUUUGGAGGCUCAUCCUUUGGUGACCGAAGUG